CGUACAGACAGCGCUGCAGCAGACGGAGCGACUUUUGUUGAGACUCGGGAUCAAUACGGAUCAUAGCAGCGUGUGAUCGACCUGCAGCGGGAUGAGCAGCGCAGCGAUCUACCCCCCUCUCAACGCCCCCGGCGCCCCGGCCAACAUGUUCGGCACCGUCCCCGGAUACGAGGGCCUGGCGUCCGGAGGAGGAGGCUUCCUGCCGCCGCCGAUGCCCGCGGAGCCCGUAGCUCCGCCCCAACCGGGACCCGAACCCGAUGACUGGAGUAUCCCCUCUCUGUCGGAGGACGUGGCCCGUGAUGCGUUCAAGAGCUUCGCGUCGUCCCACUGCUGCUACAGUAAAGCUCCGGCCAACGACGGCGUCAUCACCAAGAUGGAGCCGUUCAACACCUACAGGUACCGUCUGGAGACGUUCACCGAGGCCAGAUCAACUGAUUGGGCCCAUAAACCCCAUGAAGGUGAGCCGGCUGACUUCUACACUCAGACCGCCCCCCGACCCUGGGAGAUCCAGGCCACGCCCCCGAAGCUCUUCGUCAAUCACACGGAGGAGAUCCGCGUGCCCUACACCUCCUCCGUCAAGGACUGCCACACCUGCCACGCCACCGGGACGAAGCCGUGUGAGGAGUGCCAGGGAAAUGGAUACAAGCCCUGCUGGGUGUGCAACGGCUCCGGGUCGAACAACGACGGGAGCUGCGAUCGCUGCAGUGGUUCUGGCAAAGACAGGUGCACGAAGUGCGAUGGCCGAGGAACGAUGGACUGCGAGACCUGCAAAGGGAAGCGACAACUGCUGACCUACAUCCAGCUCAAAGUGGAGUGGACCAACAACGUGGCCGACCAUGUGGUCGAGCAGAACUCUGGCCUGAAGGUCGAUGAUCUGCGCUCAGUCAGCGGGAAGGAGCUGUUCAAGAACAGCCAGUACCAGCUCUACCCGCUGCUCGGAUUCCCGAACCCGGCCAUCUCCGAGGCGUCUGAGCGGCUCAUCAGGGAGCACCUGGCCCAGUUCGCCCAGAGCUCCAGGAUCCUGCAGCAGAGGCAGACGGUGGAGCUGAUCCCCAUCUCCAAGGUCAACUACAAGUGGAAAGGCGACACUCACGUCUACUACGUUUACGGCAACGAGAACCAAGUCAGCGCCGACAACUACCCGGCGACCUGCUGCUGCGUCAUCCAGUAGAAGCUAACACCCAAUACGUCCUCAUCCUCCUUCUCCAGACCAAUAUUUCCAAAUAUAUCCAUCAGAUCGUAGCUGCUCGAGCAGCUCAGACGUGUUAAUCCGAUGUUUCCUGUCAUUUAAACCAGCGUUUCGCUGCAGCCUCCUUUUAAUCAAUCACAUAUACUGAAAAUAUAGCGCUGUUUU